CACGUGAUAGCGGUAGCCAUCUUGGCAGUUUUAGACGACGGAGGUAAGAAAGAUCCAUGACGUCGAAGCCAAAUAAACAUCAAAUAUAUGUGAAUAAUAUCGAUACAAUAAAGGUGUGUGAGAAGUGUAAAACGAGUCUUAAGCGUGUCCGACAUUUGUCAGUGUAUCAAACAGUCAGUGAAUUUAAAUAGCGCGGCAUUUCAAAUGCGUGUGUGUUUCGAUUAUCGGUCCUCUUUGGGGGGAUAAUCGCGAUCAGACGUCGACCACCACGGCAGCUGUUCGACAAGCUAAAGGCAGCCCUUAUAAAGAAAUGGCGGGAUCAAUCUAAAUCCCUUCCUUUAGAAACAACUGUAUCAGCAAUCCAAUUUCUUUUCUUUUAAAGCGAGAUCGACGGAUCUACAGCCGUGGCCCCAUGGACGGGAUAUUGGAAGAACCUCCUGUUAAGGACUCCUCUCAGAGCAAUUCUGACAAAGUGUCAAAAGACAUGGUCAUUCCCAACGGUAUCAAUGGAAAAUAUGCUACAGAGAAAGAAGACUAUCAAGACUCUGAUGGUUGCUCAUUCAAAAUUUCAUCCAACGAGACUGUUAGUAAAGGAAACGAAGAGAUGGAGAUGGAUGUGGAGGUGGAGGGAGAGGGUCAUGGGAACGGGAAUGAAACUGGGGAUGGGGAUGGGAAUGGGAAUGGGGAUGAGGAUGGGAAUGGGGAUGAGGAUGGAGAUGGUGAUGAGAUAGAGAUGAGGAUGGAGAUGGGGAUGGGGAUGGGGAUGGGGAUGGGGAUGGGGAUGUAG